UUAUCAAUACAAUUAUUAAUAAUUUCUAAUAUUUUUUCGACAUUAGUUUGGGAUUGCAAUUUAUCAAAUUUCUUUCAGUUUACUACCUUAUUAUGACGAUGAAUUUCAAAGUCAAAGAAUCAUAAUCGUUAAAAUAACCUCUUCAUAAUAUAAUAUAUGACAUUUCUAUGUUUUGACGUCUGCUAUUCUCUCUCAUCUCUUUCCACUACUUGCGCAGUAACCUAUUUUGCGUUUCUGCACCAACUACAUUUCUAUAUUACUACUUCCCCCAUUGUCCUCAUCUACCAAGCCAUCCCCACUACCCGAGUUAUCCCUCCUGUCUCUAGUCUUCUUGGAAAAUUGACAAAAUAAAACUAAUUUAUACAAGAAAAUAACGGAAAUAGCAAAACGUAACAAAUACGAUGUUUCAAAUAAAGUUUAAAUGACCCAAUUUUACAAUUCAUUUAACUAAAGGCAAAAAAAAUUAUUUAAAAAUCUCAUCACAACUCUGGAUUUUGAUUAAAAAAAAAAAAAAAAGCCAAGUCCACCUCGGAAAAUGCAACAAAUCUUUGGAAAGCCACUCAUUACAUUACGCCGAUUGUUUAUCAAUAAUUCUCAAAUUUUACGCUAUUCACACAAUGAAAAAUAUCUCGAGCAAUUAUCAAAUCGUUCACUUCUCCUCGUCAAUGGUCCAGAUUCAUCAAAUCUUCUUCAAGGCCUCAUUACAAAUGACAUGCAACAUUUUCACAAUGGUGCCGCAAAUAUUCACACACUUUUUUUAAAUAUCAAAGGACGAGUACUUUACGAUACAAUAAUUUAUAAACAACCCGAAAAUAAUGAUUCAUUUUAUAUUGAAUGUGAUCGUCGAAUUCACGAGCAAUUAAAACGUCAUUUAAAUAUGUAUCGUCUUCGAAGAAAAGUCGAAAUUCAAACCCUUGAGAAUAAAAUGAAACUAUGGACACUAUUUAAUUUUAAUUUAACCGAAAAAACAAUGAAUGAAAAAUCAAAAUUUGAUGGACGUAUUUUCCCCUGUGGUGAUAAUGAUAAAAAUAAUACAUCAAGUAAGAGAAUUGAUAAAAUUAUUAUUUACGAAGAUCCAAGAUUGAUGAAUUUAGGUUUGAGGAUAAUAACCGAAUUUGAUGUUGAAAGAAAUGAUAUUAUUAAAUAUUUGGAAUCGGAAAUAUCGUCGUCUAAUGAGGGAAUUUGUAAUUAUAGAGAAUUUCGUUAUAAAUUAGGAAUUGCUGAAGGUAUCGAUGAUUUACCACCGGGAAAAACAUUACCAUUGGAUAUUAAUGGUGAUUAUUUGCAUGGAAUUAGUUUUCAUAAAGGUUGUUACAUUGGUCAGGAAUUAACAGCGCGUACACAUCAUAUUGGAAUUGUGAGAAAACGAUUAAUGCCAAUAAUAUUCGAUGAAUUACCAAAGAAAGCAUUUAAUUGCGAUGAGACAAUUUUAAAUGAAACGGGAAAAUCGGUGGGUAAAUUUCUUGGUAAUGUCAAUAAAUAUGGAUUGGGUUUAGUGAGAAUAACUGAGGCAUUAAAUUCUCAAUUACUCGAAAUUUCAGGCUUAAAAGUCAAUGUUUUUAAACCAUUCUGGUGGCCGCAGGAGGCACAAAAACAAGAAGUCACUGCAAAGAGCAAAUAAAUUUCCUUUUUCAAACACAAAAAAUUCUGAACAGAUUUUCAAGAAUUAAAAAUCUAUUUUUCCCUUUUAAAAAAAGAAAAUUAUUUACAGAAAAUGGAGGAAGUUCCGUCAACAUCGAGAGAAAUUUCCAGAUCGAAAUAUAUGGAGAGAGCGGAGGAGAAAAAUGAGAGAA